CAUUUAGUUUAUAUUUCAAAUAAUCAUCAUGGAAGCAGAGAGAUCAAUGAAGACUUCCGAUUGUAAGGCUAAUAGAGACCAAUUUGAUCAUGGUCAUCAUGACCAACAGUUAGAGAUAGUAGAAGAGAUGACUAGAAGAAAUGAAAGGGUGACCAAUUGUAUCCAUCAAAUGGUGUCAAAUUUAGCACCCAUACACUCGGAAAGAUGCAUCUUCAGGGUUCCGGAGGCAUUGCGGUAUGGAAACGAGGAAUUCUAUGAGCCGAAGGUGAUCGCCAUCGGCCCAUAUCACCGAGGAAAACCUGGCCUAGCAUUUAUGGAAGAACAGAAGAUUCGUUACCUGCAAAAUAUUCUCCAAAGAACAGGUAGCCAGAGUGUGGAUUGCCUGGUCCGAGCUGUCAUGCCGCAUGAAGAGACAGUGAGAAAAUGUUACGCAGAGAGUAUAAGCUAUCUUUCGAGUGAUGAACUAGUCCAAAUUCUGGUGUUGGAUGGAUGCUUCAUCAUUGAGGUUUUUAUUAGGUUUCAGAUGAUGGGAUCUGGCAUCAUUGAUGAUAACGACCCAGUGAUGAACUCCUUUGUCUUGUUAACUACAUUGUGGAAAGACAUGUUAUUAAUGGAGAACCAGAUUCCAUUUUUCAUUCUUGAAAUCUUGUUUAACACUAUGCAUCAUGAUCUCUCUAUCGGUAAUGAACUCAAACGUCAAACCUUAGUCUUCUUUUAUAGGAGGCUUACACAGUAUUCUUGGGAUCCCCGUGACAUUAAUCAAUUGUUGAGUAAAAACUUAUUCAUCAUUGAUGAAAGUUUUAUAGACGAAUCGAUAACCCAAGACAUAGAGCAAUUACUUACCAAAAAUGUAUGUCAUUUGCUUGACAUUAUCCACAAGGCUAUAUGUUUCAGAUUCAAAGAAAGCUCGCCUACUGCUUCUCAAUCACAAAUUGAAAGGGAGUUUGUGAAGUCCGCUACAAAGCUCAAGGAAGCCAAUGUUAGGUUGAAAUCGUCCUUAUCAUCCGAAAAAAGAAGCAUAUUUGACAUAACAUUUAAGGACGGAGAGUUGAAGAUACCAAAUUUGGGUAUAGAUGGUGCUUCUGAGAUUGAGAUUCGAAACUUGAUUGCUUUUGAGUUGUGUCAGCGAAACCACAUGCCGAGAUUCUUAUGUGAUUACGUGUUGUUCAUGGAUCAUCUAAUUGCCUCAUCCGAUGAUGUGGAUUUGCUUACACAUUGUCGCAUCUUCAACAACAAAAUAAUAGAUUCCAAUUUCGUGGAUAAUAUGUUUGGGAACUUAACGAGUAACAUCAUAGCCUCGGAUAAUUAUACUUAUUAUAAAAUUUCGGAAGACUUGAAUGAGUAUUGUGAGCGUCCUUGGAACAAAUGGAGCGCAAACCUAAAGCAAAAAUACUUCAAUACCCCAUGGGCAAUCAUAUCUGUUAUAGCCGCUUUGGUGCUACUCGGCUUGACUAUCACACAAACAGUGGUUUCCAUCAUUUUUAGGUGA